CUCUAAUGUUUUGUCCCUCACACGUGCACUGUUUUUACUUUCACAACUCGCAUAUAAAUCCAUGGGUUUAGGCGUUUAGAGUUUAAGCCCAAGAAAAAGCACUUGCAAGCUCUGGUGCUCCCCAAGAAGUGAAUAAGAUGGGUGCAGACAAAGGGAAGAAGCAAAAAGUGGAUGAAGAAAACAACAUUGAUGGUGAGCUUGUUGUUUCCAUUGAAAAAUUGCAAGAAAUUCAAGACGAGCUUGAGAAGAUCAAUGAAGAAGCAAGUGAUAAAGUAUUGGAAGUGGAACAGAAGUACAAUGAGGUCCGCAAGCCUGUCUAUGAUAAGCGAAACAACAUCAUUAAAGCUAUUCCGGACUUCUGGUUGACUGCUUUUUUGAGCCAUCCUGUUCUAGGUGAACUUCUAGCUGAAGAAGACCAAAAGAUCUUCAAGUUUCUAAGUUCUAUUGAAGUGGAAGAAUCUAAAGAUGUGAAGUCGGGCUACUCGAUCACCUUUAACUUCAGUGCAAAUCCUUAUUUUGAAAAUACAAAGCUAUCAAAGACCUAUACCUUCCUUGAAGAUGGACCGACAAAGAUUUCUGCUACAACAAUAAAAUGGAAAGAAGGCAUGGGCAUCCCUAAUGGAAUUGCUCAUGAGAAGAAUGGAAACAAGCGAUCUCAUGCUGAGGAAAGCUUCUUUACAUGGUUCAGUGAAGUCAAUCAAAAAGAUGAGGAUGAGGAUGAAGCUCUAGAAAUUCAGGAUGAGGUUGCUGAGAUAAUUAAAGAUGACUUGUGGCCGAACCCACUCACUUAUUUUAACAAUGAGCCUGAUGAAGAAGAUUGUGAUGGCGACGAGGGUAAGGGCAGUGAAGGUUCUGAAGAUGAUGAGGAGGACGAAGAUGGUGAUGAAGAAUGAAAGCAGAUAAACAGUUCAACACCGAUCUUACUUUAGGCUCUAAUCUUCAAUGGUUUAAUCAUCGCGGUUUGGUGUCUGUAAAGAUAAUGUUGCAAAAGAUCAAAAUUACAGUGGUGACUACACUUUUUUUCUGCGACUUCUAUGGUUAUAAGAAAAUAUCUAAUUUCAGAGGUUCCCUGAACCUUGUUUCA